AAAAAAAGAUGUUUUUGAGAAAAUGCCGGACCCGGGUAUCGUACCAGCGAGCUUCUGCACCAAGCGUUCCCCAUGAAUUGCAAUGCAGACAAAAAUCCAGGAAUAUCUUGAAAAGUUCAAGGAUUUGAAGGACCAAAAGUCAAAGCUGCAUUCAUCCAAUAAUUAAAAGUUCAAGCCAAACUUUAGAAAAAACAGUAAAAGUUUCUUCAUAACUGUGAGUCAUCCUCCUCAUCCUCAGAUAUCUGUUUCAUCUCCUGACCUUCUAGAGAAGUUUUAGGUUUUUUAAAAGUGCUCAUGGAAGAACUUCUACCUAAUCGGGGGGGGGGUACUUUUUCUGUGUGGUUGGUGGAGGAGCUGCAGUAGAAAGUCCUCCAGAUAAAGGCCAGAGUGUUUGGAAGAUGAAGAUCUUAUCGAGCUGCUUCCUGGAUCUGAAGAUAUCAGAGCUUCUGCUGCCGGAGCAGAACAAACGAUAGCAAAUCAUGAAUAUUUGACUGCGAACGGGGAUGAACUGCACCUUUCUGCCGCAUCAAACUCCGUUUGAGGAUCAAAACCUUCUGAUCCGUCGUCUUAAGCGUUUUUGGAACCAGCAGCCAGCGUUCCCAUCAUGAAACUUCCACUUCAAAGUCAGAUUUCUGGAUUUUCAAAGAUAGAAGGUUCUUUACAGACCAUCAUUCUACCACCACCAUGUGCUCUGAUCUCUUUGUGUUGGAAUCCAGAUGCUUGGAGACCUUCCAGAAAGUUCCUCUGUGUUCUUGUUCCUCAGCCUUUCUUCUCUCUGUUCUUCUGCUCCUCCGAUGACCUCCAGGAUGAGUCCUGCUCGUGUUUUUGGACUCAUCCUGGGAUGUUCUGCUGCUCUGUGGUCCUCUGGGGUCUGCAGGAACGUUUCUGUCAGAGUCUUGGUUCCCCCGUCUGUUCUCGACUUCCUUCCCACGCUCAGAUCUCUGCUCCUGUUUUUUCGUCUUCUGCAUUUUCUGAAUAUCUUUGUGUCAUCUUGGUCUUUUAGGUUAUGUGUGGAUGAGGUCAGCAGGGUUCUGCUGUGGAAGAAUCUCGUUUCAGGUCUUUGCUGAUGAUGUUGGCCACAAACAGGAAGAGUGCGAGGAGCUCUCUUCAUGGCGUCACUGCAGCUCGCUGCCACUAGAUGUCAGGCCUUGAUGAUGUUUGCAGAAAAGUUACUUCUCAGAAACCUCCUCUCCUCCUCCACUCGUCUCUUGCCCCCCCCCCUCGCCGCUCUCACCCUGCAUGUAUAAAGCGUGGCGUUCAGAUGUUGGAACACCUUCGCUCUGAUCACGGCGCCACCGAGCGGCCCGGUCACCCCGGCAGACCCCCUGAGCCCCCUCCUCCUGAAUGAGCUCCAUCUGGGCUCCCUCCUCUCGUCGGGACCGCCUCCCUCAUCACUCCUUCUUUCUCCUCAAGUUCAGUAGCAGAUAGCGGCUCGGCGAGUCAGGAGGGGUCUCUGCUUCUUCUUUUCCCGCCUGUCUGUGUGAAAUGAGAAGAUCAAGGACGGCUGACAGGAGGGGCGACGCUCCGCAGAGAGGGAUGAAGACCACAUGUCUGUGGGCCGCCGCCGGGCUGCUGUCACUCAUCUCCCUGACCUGCAGCGCAGAAUCCCAGAGCUUCGGAAAUUCACACCUGAGACCCAAGUCCAAGUUGAAGUCCUACUGGACUACGAGCAGCAAAGCCGUCUCCAUCAGCCGUCUGUUGGCCCAAAACCUCUACAGCAAGGAGAACUUCACGUCUCUGGAUCUGAGCUACGAUCCAACGGACUCGUACUCCAAACACGAGCAGUGGAGCUGGCUGUCCAACACCUCAGCGGCCCGGGAUCCUCGAUCCAGGACGAAAAGACGGCCCAUCGUCAAGACUGGAAAGUUUAAGAAGAUGUUCGGUUGGGGCGACUUCCAUUCCAACAUCAAAACAGUGAAGCUGAACCUCCUCAUCACUGGUAAAAUCGUGGACCACGGCAACGGCACCUUCAGCGUCUACUUUCGGCACAACUCCACCGGUCAGGGCAACGUCUCCGUGGGACUCGUCCCUCCGACGAAGGCCGUGGAGUUCCAGAUCCACCAGCAGCACCAGCAGUUCCACCACUUUCACCAGCAGCAGCAGCAACAGCAGCAGACGGCCCUCGAGACCAAGGACACCAAGCUGUUCAACUGCAGGGUGGAGUACGAAAAGGUGGAGAAGGGCACCAAGAAUUCCCUGUGCGCCCACGACCCGUCUCAGAGCUGCCCACAGGAGCAGACCCAGAGCCACGUGUCCUGGCUGUGCUCCAAGCCCUUCAAAGUCAUCUGCAUCUUCAUCACCUUCUACAGCACCGACUACAAGCUGGUGCAGAAGGUGUGUCCCGACUACAACUACCACAGCGACACGCCCUACCUGCCCACCGGCUGAGUCCCACUGCGGAAGACAGUUAGAACUUCGAAUGUCCAACGGCGUUAAUACAACCACAUAUCCUUGUCACAUGACCAGCACCACUCCUCUUCCCUCUGGGGUCGUUAUGGCAACCUUUAGGGAACAUUGAUAAGCUUAUACGAGUCUAUAAGCUUAUGUUAUACUCAUAUAACAUGCAUAGCUGCUUACAUCGCCAGGAAAACCACAAGCUGACUGUGACAGUAAGCCAACGGCAUUCAUGUAAAUACUCCACACGGAGAGCAGAAAACAAUUUUGUUGAGGAUUUUUCUUCGGCUAAUUCACCUGUUUAUGUUGAUUGUGUGUUUCCGUCUCAAUCACGCCGUCUGUCUCCUUCAAUCAGUCUCUGGUAAUCUGUGCAAACACGUGAGUGCAGAGAGGCCCGCGCAGAUUACAAAUGCAAACGGGGGUUUUCUGCCCCGUGAUUGUUGGCGUGAAUAUACCUCUGUUAUUGUUGUGGGAAUCUCAUCAGUGUUCAUGCAUGAACCAAGUGUGGUAAACAACUGGAAAAAAACACAACUUUCAUUUAUGUCUUCAUGUUAUUGCAGCUGUCAAAUGUCAUCUUUAUCAAAAUCACAACUACAGAAGACGAACGGUAACCGCCCCCCCCCCGCAUUUUCAUUUCUGAGGUUCCUGUUUGAGGGCCGUGGCGAGCUUCCAGCUGAUCAAACGGGAACGAGUUAUUGUUGCAAUCAAUACACAAAUAAAAGUUGCAGGAGACACACAGGACGACAGAGACACAGAAGAUCAUCUCCUUUGUGCUGCACUUUACAACCAGGCUCUAAAUCUGCUGUUUUGUCACCGCUGCAUUUCCAUUUUCGACAUAAAAACGUUUUAUUUCUGUGACUUACAACAAAGCCGGCUGCAGUGAAUCUCCAGGUUCCUGCAACGUAAAAAAAAAAAAAGAAAAAAGAAAACAGCCAGAAUUGACAAGUGUCAGAGCGGCA